UCGGGGAAUAACGCUUAUUCUAGUAGCCUAUCGCUGGCGUGCUCUGCAACCACCGUAGCAAAUAUGAGGAUCAAAGGCGAUCCUUGACGCGAAUGUGGUUGUGUGUGCCCCCGCUGCAAGAUGAACGCCGAUGUGAACCGAAAAGUUAUGGCCAUCCAGGCAAAAAAGAAGCGUUCAAAAGGUCCCAAGUCGAAGCUCAAGGGUCGGUCCGAUGCAUCUGACAAGAAGCGAAAUGAGUCCCAGUACGACUAUGCGGGUGAGGAUGAAGAAGAAGAGGAGGAGAUCCUGGGCUCUGAUGAUGACGAACAAGAAGACCCAAGGGACUAUUGCAAAGGGGGCUACCACCCAGUGAAGAUUGGGGACCUCUUUCACUGUCGAUACCACGUAGUCCGGAAGCUGGGCUGGGGCCACUUUUCGACCGUCUGGCUUUGCUGGGACCUUGUGGGCAAGAGGUUUGUGGCUCUCAAAGUUGUGAAGAGUGCCUCACAUUACACCGACACUGCCCUGGACGAGAUCAAACUUCUCAAGGCGGUUCGAGACAGUGACACGGACGACACAUGCCGAGAGCGGGUGGUGCAGCUUCUCGACGACUUCAAGAUCUCCGGAGUCAACGGGACCCAUAUGUGCAUGGUUUUUGAAGUGCUGGGACACAAUUUACUCAAACUGAUCAUUCGGUCAAAUUACCAGGGCAUUCCACUACCCAAUGUGCGAACCAUCAUCAGACAGGUGCUGGAAGGUUUGGAGUACUUGCACUCCAAGUGCCAGAUCAUCCACACGGACAUCAAGCCCGAGAACAUCCUGAUAGCCGUGGACGACGCCUAUGUGCGCAAGCUGGCCUACGAGGCCACCCAGUGGCAGAAGAUGGGGCUCCGCCUUCCUGGUUCGUUGGUGAGCACGGCCCCCAAGGAGCUCCGCACGGUUCCCACGCUGCCGUCCGAGGGUGCCGCCGGAGGUGCCGGGGCAGCCGGUGCGGGCGGGGGUUCCGCCUCCAAGAUGUCUCGCAACAAGAAGAAGAAGCUGCGCAAGAAGGCCAAGCGUCAGCAGGAGCUUCUUGAGCGGCAGAUGCAGCAGCUGGAGGAGCUGGACAUGGAGGAAGACGAGGAGGAGGGGGGCCACGGGGAGCAGGAAGGAGGCGGCUCCCUCAACGGAGGGGGACCGGGUGGCACCACCCCCGACAUGCCCCCGCAAGAGGGUGCCCUGCUGGGAGACGGCAUGGACUGGGCCCGAAGCGCCGAAGGCGGGGACCCCUCGUGGGCCGGCGGCGACGUCUGCAAUGGUCACCGAGGCGACGGAGCCGCGCGGACCACUAUGGGCCGUUUGGAAAGGUCCGAAAGCACCCUGGCACCUCCCACACCCACUGCGCAACUGCGGAGGGUGGCCUCCUGCCCCGAAAACCAAAAACCACCGGAGAAGAUGGCCGAUCCUGUGCAUGAAGUUUGUAAUAUAUCUGUAAAAAUAGCUGACCUUGGAAAUGCCUGCUGGGUGCAUCACCACUUCACCGAGGACAUACAGACGCGGCAGUACCGUUGCCUCGAGGUCCUCUUGGGAGCUGGCUACGGCACACCUGCCGACAUUUGGAGCACAGCCUGCAUGGCAUUUGAGCUGGCCACAGGCGACUACCUUUUCGAGCCGCAUUCGGGGGAGGACUACAGUCGAGACGAAGACCACUUGGCCCACAUCAUUGAACUCCUCGGAGAGAUCCCCAGGCACAUUGCCUUCUCGGGCCGAUACUCCAGGGAGUUCUUCAACAAGCGAGGGGAACUGAGGCACAUCAGCAAUCUGAAGCCCUGGGGCCUCUACGAGGUGCUAACGGAGAAGUACGACUGGACCCCCUCGGAUGCACAGGCAUUUGCCGAUUUCCUGCUACCCAUGCUGGCGUACGACCCGGCCUCGCGGGCCAAGGCCUCCGACUGCCUGCGGCACCCGUGGCUCGCCACGCAGACGCCGCCCAGUGGUGGUGCCGGGAACAACAGCGCCUCCUCCGGCCCCCGAGAGGAGACCGUCGUCUCGUCGCGUCCCCCUCCCUCGUCGCCGAACCAGCGUCGACCCCCGUCGUCAUCCUCGUCGUCCUCGUCGUCGUCCUGAGAAGGCCGCCCCUGCUCGUUGUCUGUGUGUUGUGGUGUGUUCCAACAGAGAAGGACUUGCUGCAUUAUGGGGACGAAGUGCGGUUGACGGCGGCGGCGGCAGGGGGGCUUAUCAACUCCUCGAGUUGAGCGCGUGCUGCGGAGUUUUCUGGGAGGGGGGGGCAGAGUGGUGGGGCAAGGAGCAGGUGACUCUGGAUUGCGCGUUUCUCUCUGUAAGGCUGCAAGUGCUGCUGCAUAUCUGGAACCUUUCGUUUAGAAAAGACUUGGCCGCUUUCUCUUGGCUCGCUCGUUCUGCUCGGCCCCGCCCGCUCGUCAACUGGCCUGUACAUGAACUCAAUUGUUCCCGCUUCCCAUCCCCUCCUUUCUCUCUCUUCAUUUACUCCCAAACAUAGCUGCAACAGAUGGAACUUGGUUACCUGCCGGUAAAGCAGGGCACAGUUUACAGUAGUACUGCUUUCCCCCAUUUACCCUUAUAACCCGGCAUUGGUUAGGCCUUGAGUGAAACUUUGGGGUUGCGUGUGCAAGAAUGUUUUGUGUGGCCCGUGCAGCAGCAGCAGCAGCUUCUUUUUUUUUUUUUUUUUCUGCAGGUUUCGCAGCCGUGUCGGUGACAUAUUGGUUAUCGUCAUCGACAUUCUAGCAAUUAACUGCUCCAUUGUAAACACCUUGAGGACGGACGUUUCUCCGGUGUGGCUGCGACCGCGCUUCACCAGCGUAAAAGAAAUUGCAGCGGCGGCAUGUGUCCUUAUUUUUUUUUUCUGUCCCGCAUCUCGCAAAAAUUUUUAUAGCACUGUGUGCAAAAAAUUCACCAGCUUCAUGUAAUUAAAUGUAUAAUCUGCUGAACUGCAGGUUAUGUAAUAUUCUUGUGUUGGGUUUUCAAGAGGGAUUUGCGGGGACGGUAUUCUUCAGUGAUCACUUUUUGGUUUUCCACAAGAUUAUGAGGAACUGCGCGGUAUACACUGGCAUCUGCACCCGACUGCAUUCCUUACCUCAUGCUGAGAAUUGGGAAUGCUGGUUUGGGCUGUUGAUGCAGAAUCGUGCAGAAUCUAAUGAAAGUGAUUGCCCAAGAAUGAUACCCUUGUUCUUGCUUACUUGAAGGUAUGUUGAAUUCUGUGCACAGGUGUGUGUUCAUUUGCACGAAUACCAGGUUGCCGCAUUGUUUUCCGUUAACUGAUUGGAGCAGGUUUAUAAGUGCCGGUUUUAGCCAUACUUUCACGUACCCACUUUUCAGCUGGGUUGCUAUGGUUGCUUGCCCGAGCGAGAAACUGCUCGUCGCGUUGCAUCUUUGGUCAAGUGAAGUUCUUUUCGUGACGCAAGAGCUUGGUCUACUGUGAAGACGUAAGAAAUAAACAUGCGAUGGCUCCCUUUAAUUCUGGAUUUAGAGAUUCUAACUUGGUUUUUGGAGUGGGGCGUUGCAAAUUCUCUCAAUUUUUUUCUCUAAAGUAGUUUUACUAGCCUACUAGUGGUUGGUUUUCCUAGACAUUCACUUGACAUGCGGAUAGAAUGGUAUUGUGUGCAGUUGCACGGCUACAUUUGAUUAACAAGAUCGUGGCUUGCCUGUUGGCUGCUGUCCCUAUCCAGAGCAACUGCAGUUAAUUACGCGAGCUUGUACCUAACAUGGGUUAAUAUAAAGGUGUCCACUUGGCCAUGUUGCUGGAUUCCGAUAACUGUGCACGACCUUACUUCCUGAAACCUUUACAUUGCGGCUGCUACGGUGCAACCUUUUGCCGUAAGUUUGCCCCCUUGUGAAAUAGCUUGCGGAUAACUCGUCGCAGAAGUGGUGUGUUGGCGUCUGGCUGGAGCUUCGUUGAGGUCUUGUAUUUUUGUGCAAAGUGUCUGUGGGGGGGAGGGGGGUUAAUGGGGGGUCGGGGGGUCAUUUCCAGGCACGUUUCAGCCUGGCUUUAUUAGUUAGCAGCUGUGGACUGGACACUUGAACCUAGUUGGCACCUCGGUAGCUUUGGAACGUUUUUCUUUUUUUCGUAGUUCGCAUGCAAUGUGUACCUCUUUCGGUGCCUCUGUGCACCCACGUGACAUGAACUGCGUGUCGACGAGGGCCCAGUGUGCAUUUUUAUUCCCCCAGGGAGGCGUUCUUUGCUUUUU